ACGAGUGAGUCACUAUCCAAUCCGAGGAGAGGUGGAGACUGAGCACCAAUCCCGUGCUAGUGUUGGUACGCUCAAGUCUGGUGUUUUAAUGACCGCCGCCGCUCACACACACCUGGUGUAUGCUAGUUUCUUCCUGGACGCUUCCUCGGGCACACGUUGCUCCUUCAUCAGUAAUUCUGGUCCCAGACACUCCGUGAUGGCCGCCUCAGCCCCCAGCACUUACACUAAGUUACCUGAGUGUCUUAUGAACGGAGGACUCCACACCUCACUCACCAACAUUGUUCAAAAUGGACACAGCUCUAUGAAUGAUGAAGUUCAGAAUGGACACAGCUCUUUGAAUGAAGUUCAAAAUGGAUACAGCUCUCUACAGAACUGCACUAAGACAGAAAGCAGUUUUGAUGAAGGAGAAGCUAUGUUAAAGUUAGUGCUGGACCUCGUGUUGAAAACCAAGCUAGUCACUGGGAUGAGCACAUCAGAAAAAGUGGUUAAUUUCAAACAUCCAAAAGAGUUGAAGGAAGUGCUGCUGGUUGGGGUGGAGAGGAGCGGAUGUUCCCUGGAGGAGGUGGAGGAAGUCCUGCAGCAGGUAGUGCACUACAGUGUCAAGACACAACACCCAUACUUCUACAAUCAGCUCUAUGGUGGCAUCGAUGAGGUGGCCCUGGCCGGGGCUUGGGUCACAGAGGCACUUAACACCAACCAGUAUACGUAUGAGGUGGCUCCUGUGUUUAUACUGGUGGAAGACUAUGUUAUCUCUCAGCUGACCAACAUUUUUGGCUAUUCCAACGGGGAUGGAAUCUUUGCUCCUGGUGGGAGCAUGAGUAACAUGUACGCCAUGGUUAUGGCUCGCUACAAGAAGUAUCCAGACGUUAAGAGGACUGGAGUGUUUGGUCUCAAGCCUCUCGUGGCUUUCUCUUCAGACCAGGGUCACUAUUCAGUGAGCAAGAGUGCGUCAUGGCUGGGACUUGGGAUGGACAACGUAGUGAGUGUUGCUUCAGACAGUGAGGGCAGGAUGAAGCCAGAAGCACUGGUGGAGGCUGUGGCUCGGGCCAGAGCCAGGGGUUGUGAGCCAUUCUUCGUCAACGCUACAGCUGGUACCACCGUCCUGGGAGCCUACGAUCCUUUCCACCAGCUGGCUGACGUGUGUGCUCAGGAGGACCUCUGGCUCAAUGUUGAUGCGUGCUGGGGCGGCACUGCGAUGUUCUCCAGGAAGCACAGGCAUCUCAUGGAUGGAGUAAACAGGGCUGACUCCAUAACGUGGAACCCCCACAAGAUGAUGGGUACUUCCCUCCAGUGCUCUGUCUUCCUCACCAAACAUAAGGGUCUGCUGCACAAGUGCAACUCUGCCCGGGCGACGUACUUGUUCCAGCAGGACAAGUACUACGACGUCACCUACGACACGGGAGACAAGAGCGUCCAGUGUGGACGUAAGGUAGACGCCUUCAAGCUCUGGGUGUUCCUCAAGUUCCACGGCCUUGACGCCAUCGAGAAAAGAAUUGAUGCUGCCUUCAGUGCCUCCAGGUACCUGAGACAGCAGGUGGGUGAGCGUGAAGGUUUCCGGCUGGUGCAGGAGCCUCAGUGUACCAAUGUAUGCUUCUGGUACAUCCCACCCAGCCUCAGAGGACUACCAGAGACACCAGAGUGGUGGGUCAAACUCUCUAAGGUUGCUCCUGAGCUGAAGACACGUAUGGUACAACAGGGCACCAUGAUGGUAGGAUACCAACCUAUUGCCUGCAAGAAUCUAGUCAACUUCAUCCGUAUGGUCACCACUUGCACGCCCACGCCAACCCACGCCCAUAUGGACUUCGUCUUGGACGAGAUUGAGAGACUGGGCGCCGACCUUUAACGAGGAACACUGACACUAGAACAACCUGCUAAGAACAUAAGAACUUAAGAAUAGAGGAGCACCGCAGCAGGCCUAUUGGCCACUGCUAGACAGGUCCUCCUCAAAUCCAACCCUCCUCACCCAUAUAAUUGUUCAACCUAUCUUACGAAACUGAUUACAAAAUAAGUGAGGAACUGGUGACUCGAGUUACCGCUAACAGAAGGAUGGAACGCUCUGGUUACUGUGAAACUGACGAAGACUGCGGUACUCUACGACCACCAGAACGAAGCUGUUCCUCGACUGGAUUUACGGAUAAUCAAACAACAUUCGCAUGCAACUUAGACGAAAUUCAUUGCACUCAAGAUAUGCCUGGGUGAGGAUGAGACACAUUAUGAAGAAAACUGUAAAAUGUGAAGGUAGAAACAUGAUUGAGAAAAUAUGGGAAAAGCAGAGCCUCAAAUAUUAAUUGGGAGACUCAGAGGUCAGAGGUGACAAGUGGCGCCGGAUGGGAGUGUGACGGAGGAUGGGAGUGUGUACAAGUCACGGACUACUACUUCUAGUAUUAUAAAUCUCUGUUUCAACUAACAUCGCUAUUAGCAGCGAUUAUUAGUUUAUUAAUCAGUUACAAUCCAGGCUGGCUGAGUGAUUCAGUAGCCCACACUAAGAUACCCAAGUGUUGGACCUCAGUCUCAGUCAUCUACCCUGGAUAUUUAUAUGAGUGUCAUGAUACACUUCAGUUUCAUCUAUUCAUGUGAUAUUCAUCAACCCUCUCACUCCCCCCUCCCCACUCCCCCCCCCACACACAAAAUCGCAUAAUGUGAUAUUUUCUUUUUUCUUGGGUUGGCCAGUAAGCCAGUCGAAGACCUGGGCGGAAAGACCAGAAGCUCCACUGAACUAGUCUCCAUAUUACUAAGACUCGCGUUCAUGAAAUAUUUUCUUCUCCUUAGAAAACUAAUGCUACACGGCUGACCUAACCCUACAUGCAAUCUUGUAUCUUAAUCCUCACCGUCGUUUCACUUAUGGGUUAUAAUUUCCUACCGUACAUCUUACCCACCAUCUCUGAUUUCCCUUCUUUAAGAAGUAAGUGUGGACAUAUCAUAUGGAUAAUAAUUUCUGAUACACAUUUUGUUUAUUCUCGUCCAAAAUUAUGAGUAACAAUUUACCUUUAAUAUUUAUUAAAAAACAAUGUCGUGUAACACCGAUGAAGUCACUAAAAAAAAUACAAUUUGUAUCCGGUUAAUGUCAUGUCCCAGACACUCAUAAUACAUCCUGUUUACAUUUUAUACCCAGUUAAUAACUUCUUACACUUAGUUAAUGCAGUACCACAUACAACUGCUUAAAUUCCACACCAAAUUAAAACCAAGUAACAACCGGUUACAGUGAACAUGUAGAACCCAGUUAGAGAAGUGUUAAUACUAAUUAAUGCUCUGUUACAUCCAGUUAACUUGAAGUUGCUCUUUCUUACAUCCAGUUAGCUCAGAGUGCAACUCUGAGCUACUGAUAUAUUUCUCCUGAUUACUGCUAUAUUAUCUUGAAGUCAUUUAGCAGGCACCAGCCACAGCACCUGAGUAACACCCAGGUAUCUUAUUGUUAGGUGAAGAGGGACAGCGAGUGUACCCCAUGUCUCUUCCUGCCCUGAAAUCGAACCCAGAACCUAUAGGACGUUCGUCGAUCGCUGUAAUCAACCCAGUUACCAUCAGUUAGCCCUGCGUGACAAAUAACAACAUUAUUAACUGCAGUUAGCGUGUGGGUUAGGAUCAGUUAGUUCCACGCUGAGUAAAUUACUUGUUUUAUGAAUUCGGUAACAUGUUACACAGCAGUGUUGCAAUGUUGCAACCAGUGACCCCUUUUACAAAAGAGCCCUGCAGUAAAUAUACUGGUUCAUAGUAGAUCAAAUUAUUGCUGGGAAAAAAUGAAGAAAUCCAGAAGCACUACAGUAGGCCUACUGAUUCACACUACAGUAGGCCUACUGACCCAUACUACAGUAGGCCUACCGACCCAUACUACAGUAGGCCUACUGACCCAAACUACAGUAGGCUUACUGACCCAUACUACAGUAGGUCUACUGACCCAAACACUCCAGGGUUAAAAAACUGUGAUUUUAGAAAUGCAUUGUUAAGCUGACUAGUUUAGUCGAGAGCGUUUAAUCAGUUUUAAUCAACUAUUAGACAACUACAGUAUGGUUAUUCUUAGAAGUAUUAUACUGGUAUUAAAAAUGGGUUAUGAACUGUUGUAAGGUGUUAAAUAUGAUAUUAGCUUGUCA